GCCGGAGCGAGCAGGCGCCGCGGAGCAGAGCGCCCGCAGCGCAGCCUGGAGCGGCGCGGAGACUGACUUACAUGUGGUGGAGACCAGACCCGAAGUGCUUCUGAACCGAGGUCCCGGAUUCUUUGAGGUUGCACCAAGGAGCACCGAGGUUGGAAGAUGAGCGAACUCGACCAGUUGCGGCAGGAGGCCGAGCAGCUGAAGAACCAAAUCCGGGAUGCCAGAAAGGCCUGUGCAGACGCGACCCUCUCUCAGAUCACAAACAACAUCGACCCCGUGGGACGGAUCCAGAUGCGUACCAGGAGGACGCUGAGGGGGCACCUGGCCAAGAUUUACGCCAUGCACUGGGGCACGGACUCGAGGCUGCUCGUCAGCGCCUCCCAGGAUGGCAAGCUUAUCAUCUGGGACAGCUACACCACAAACAAGGUGCAUGCCAUCCCUCUGCGCUCUUCCUGGGUCAUGACCUGUGCGUACGCCCCGUCUGGCAAUUACGUGGCCUGUGGUGGUCUGGACAACAUCUGCUCCAUCUACAAUUUGAAAACUCGCGAAGGGAACGUCCGCGUGAGUCGUGAGCUGGCUGGGCAUACAGGUUACCUGUCCUGCUGCCGAUUCCUGGACGACAAUCAGAUCGUCACCAGCUCCGGAGACACCACAUGUGCCCUGUGGGACAUUGAGACUGGGCAGCAGACGACCACUUUCACCGGCCACACUGGGGAUGUCAUGAGCCUGUCCCUCGCUCCUGACACCAGGCUGUUUGUCUCUGGUGCUUGUGACGCUUCUGCCAAGCUCUGGGAUGUGCGAGAAGGGAUGUGCCGGCAGACGUUCACCGGGCACGAGUCGGACAUCAAUGCCAUCUGUUUCUUUCCAAAUGGCAACGCGUUUGCCACCGGUUCCGACGAUGCCACCUGCAGGCUGUUUGACCUCCGCGCCGACCAGGAGCUCAUGACCUACUCCCACGACAACAUCAUCUGUGGCAUCACCUCCGUCUCCUUCUCCAAGAGCGGCCGCCUCCUCCUGGCCGGGUACGAUGACUUCAACUGCAACGUGUGGGACGCGCUCAAGGCCGACAGGGCAGGUGUCCUGGCUGGUCAUGACAACCGCGUCAGCUGCCUCGGAGUGACCGAUGAUGGCAUGGCCGUGGCCACGGGGUCCUGGGACAGCUUCCUCAAGAUCUGGAACUAAGGCCAGCAGGCGGCCACCGCAGUGACUGGAAGACCAUUCCGACCUUGAAGCGCCGCAGUGACCGCGUCUCCCGUCCGACCACACUAGCGUGGACACCCACACCCUCAGCAUUUCAAAAGGGCAAGACCUUCCUGCACCCGUCGCUGAACCAAGAGCACAACCCCCGAGCAGGGCCGCGUGCCGGCGACCAGAGCCAGCUGUGCAUCCCUUCCGGGGCCAUCGUGUUUCCUUCUUGUCUUGAAUGAAUCUGAAGAGGAAAUAGUAUAAUAAAAUGUUACCCAGGAGGCGAAGGAGUGUCGUUUGAGGCAGACACCCUCCCAUUGGUUCCUUUCAGUUUUAGACCCGUGACCCUGUUCUGUGAUGUCCACGCAAAGCGAGCUGAGGUGUACCAACCUUGUAACCAUGUCUGAACUCCACUUGUGUUUGUAGCAGGGUUCUGGAAGCAUCCUUAUCCUUCUUAGAUGUGUCCACUUCUGUCCCGUAGCUCCCCAGAAGCCCCGUUUCUCGUUGCCAGGCACACGCUGCCUGCCCGCCUGCCCCGAGCAGCGUGCGCGGGUGUGCCUGGGCAGCCUCGCUUACUUGUGUAUUGAACAAUGUACAAAUCAAUGUUUGGAAAUAAUGAUCUCAGACUUUCUAAGUUAAAUUUUAAAAAGCUGAUUGUUUGCCGUACUGGGUGGGUUUAUUCUUAGAAUCGCAUGCUGUAGAAAUGCUCAGAAGUUCUUACAGGACUCCGCCCCAGUUGUGGCCUGCCCCGUGCGCACAUGGCGGAAGCAGCACAGCUCUGCACGCUUGGCUAGCGGGAGAAGUCACCGUGUCCUUUAUUUCUGACAAAAAUGCAAAAAGCCCAGGCCUGUCGCAGGCGGCUGCUGUUGGCUCCGGGGGAGAGGGUGGAGAGCCCAGGUGCCCCACGUCCGCCACGCACGGCCUCCCGGGAAUCAAGCCAUCUGCACCGGAGGCCGUGCGUCUGGGACACGCAGCUACUCCUGGCCACCUCACGGGGACAGCUGUGCCCUCCAUGGCAGCCAUGGCCACCCCCACCCCACCCUCCAUCAGAGCUGUGGCUUCUCCCCGUGUGGCACGCCGUCUCAUACGAACCUGUGCCGUGACCUGCCGCGGGCCUGGAUCUGGCAAUGAGAGUACAGCUGACCGCCCCCCCCCCCUCCUGUCAGACACCUCUGUAGAGCUCUGCGCCCUCUCCCCUCUCACCUUUUGUAUUUAAUUUUAAGUCUGUACUGCAAGGAAGCUGGAUGCAAGAUAGACCCUCUAUUAAACUGUGCUGUUAUUUAAGACGUAAUAAAGCAGUUUGACACGAGGC